CUAAACCCACAACAGUAAAAUCAGUCUGUAUCAUGCUUGUUAUACUCACUGUGGAACCUAAGGGGUUAAUCCUCUGCAUUGUGUAAAAAGAAUGUUUGAUCCUGACUUCUUGUCCCCCUCUUAUCUCCUGAUAAGACACACAGUAUUGUGUGGAGACACAGCACAUGCUCAAUUUGGUGUAUUGCUAGGGAAGUUUUUUUUUCUUGGGAGAGUGCAUGUGAUCAGCACAGGGCCAAUCAGCACUGUCCAGACAGAGGUCAGAGGCUCCACAUCUUCCUAGAGA